AUGAAUGAUGAUACCCAGAUGUACACAUCUUGUAACAUUCAUGAUCCAGCAUUGUCUGUGAACACCAUUGUUGAUUGCAUAUCAGACCUCAGAGUGCCCCUCAUUGAGUACAUGGACUUAUCUGGGAUACCAGGACAAUACAUCGCUCGACUUUUGCCUGAUGCAACGCACGUUCGAAGUGGCAACCUCGACGAUUUGCGGCAACUCACCGAUGCCAUUGGUGAAAUUGAAGAGGACAUCGAGUUGUUAGUAGCCACGAAAUACUGCAAAGAGUACAAUAAUGGCAAUGGAAGUUAUAAUUGGGGGUUGGAUACUCUUGAUGGUAAUUCAUACGAUGCCAAAUAUGACAUCUGGGGUGAUGGAAAGGGAAUAGAUGUAUAUGUGGCAGACACAGGCAUCAAUCCAAACCACGAAGAUCUCAGAGGGAGAGUUACUAUUGGCUGGCCGACAUCUACAAGUGUGGAUAACCAUGGUCAUGGUACCCAAGUGGCCAGUAUCAUCGGGGGAACCAACUGUGGUGUGGCAAAGCGUGCUAACAUCAUUUCCCUGAAGGUUUGUUCAAAUGAUAGAUGCGAUGUUUCCGAUAUAUUGGAAGGUUGUCUGUGGGCAAAACAAAGAGUGCAAAGCACUGGGCGACUCUCCGUUAUUAACUUCAGUUUUGGUGGGACUUUCUCCAGGUCUAUGAACGACGCAGUCGAUGAUCUACUCGCAGCUGGAAUCCCCGCAAUUGCUGCAGCUGGUAGUUCCAAUGAAGACGCUUGCUAUGUCUCUCCAGCCAGCACGCCCAAUACCCUCACUGUCGGAGCGUUUAAUGAGGAGUUUAAAAAGAAUUAUUUCAGCAACUAUGGUCCCUGCGUAGAUAUUUACGCCCCGGGUGCGAAUAUCAAAGUUGCUGACUUCUCUGGAAACAAUACAUAUACUUUAAUGGAUGGCACCUCCAUUGCAGCUUCGUUUGUGACCGGCGCCGCGGCUGCCUUGUUGCAAGUCCUCAGAGAUAAGGGGACUAUCUGCUCACCCUCUGCCCAGGUCGUCAACUACACCAAUGAGUACAUCAUUGAGAACGCAUUGCUUGGACGACUUACGGGUGUAGGUGAAGCCAAUUUGGCUUUGUCUACUCUAUGCUUGGAUUAUUGAGUCCUUUCCACUUCUUUGAAAAUAACGUACUAAUGUACUAGAUCUACUCCAGUUGGCUUUUUAUGUUCU